AUGCAGACCAGCCGGGAUGUCACUCCCACGGAAGAGGGCAUGAAGAAGGUCACCCAGCUGGUGGCCACCUAUCCCCAGGGUUUUAAGUUUUGGAUGGGUCCUACCUUUCCCCUCCUCACUUUAUGCCACCCUGACACCAUCCGGCCUAUCACCAGUGCCUCAGCUGCUGUUGCACCCAAGGAUAUGAUUUUCUAUGGCUUCCUGAAGCCCUGGCUGGGGGAUGGGCUCCUGCUGAGUGGUGGUGACAAGUGGAGCCGCCACCGUCGCAUGCUGACGCCUGCCUUCCAUUUCAACAUUCUGAAGCCUUAUAUGAAGAUUUUCAACAAGAGUGUGAACAUCAUGCAUGACAAGUGGCAGCGCCUGGCCUCAGAGGGCAGCGCCAGACUGGACAUGUUUGAGCACCUCAGCCUUAUGACCUUGGACAGUCUGCAGAAAUGCGUCUUCAACUUUGAAAGCAAUUGUCAGGAGAAGCCCAGUGAAUAUAUUGCCACCAUCUUGGAGCUCAGUGCACUUAUAGAAAAAAGAAACCAGCAUGUUCUCGUGUACCCAGACUUCCUGUAUCAUCUCACUCCUGAUGGGCAGCGCUUCCUCAGGGCCUGCCGCCUGGUGCACGACUUCACAGAUGCCGUCAUCCAGGAGCGGCGCCGAACCCUCCCCACUCAGGGUAUUGAUGAUUUCCUCAAGAACAAGGCAAAGUCCAAGACUUUGGACUUCAUUGAUGUGCUUCUGCUGAGCAAGGAUGAAGAUGGGAAGGAGUUGUCUGAUGAGGACAUAAGAGCAGAAGCUGACACCUUCAUGUUUGGGGGUGAGGGCCAUGACACCACAGCCAGUGGUCUCUCCUGGGUCCUAUACCACCUCGCACAGCACCCAGAAUACCAGGAACGCUGCCGGCAAGAAGCGCGAGAACUUCUGAAGGACCGUGAGCCUGUUGAGAUUGAAUGGGAUGACUUGGCCCAGCUGCCCUUCCUGACCAUGUGCAUUAAGGAGAGCCUGCGGCUGCAUCCCCCAGUUCCUGCCGUCUCCCGAUGCUGCACCCAAGACAUUGUGCUCCCAGACGGCCGGAUCAUCCCCAAAGGCAUUAUCUGCAUCAUCAGUAUUUUUGGGAUCCAUCACAACCCAACUGUGUGGCCAGACCCUGAGGUCUACGACCCCUUCCGCUUCUACCAAGAGAACAUCAAGGAGAGGUCACCUCUGGCUUUUAUUCCCUUCUCGGCAGGGCCCAGAAACUGCAUUGGGCAGGCGUUCGCCAUGGCUGAGAUGAAGGUGGUCCUGGCACUCACGCUGCUGCGCUUCCGCAUCCUGCCGACCCACCCUGAGCCCAGCAGGAAGCCGGAGCUGAUAUUGCGUGCAGAGGGUGGACUUUGGUUGCGGGUGGAGCCCCUGGGUGUGAACUCACAGUGACCGUCCUACCCACCCACCCACCUUUGUAGAUUCCCAGGAAUAAAACUAUGCUGACACCUCUGCUUUAGCCUCAUUGACAACCAGCAAGGGGCUCUUGGGGACUGGUGGGAUCUAAGAAAGAGGAGUGAGUGGGUGGAGGCAGGGUGAUGUCUCUGAACUCAAAACCCCGACUGCCUCUCUAAGCACAGGGCACUUAGGCCCUUAGUGGGUUUUCCCAGAGCCCAAGUAAAAACUUUAUCCUGUGGGCAGUAGGGAGUCCUGGGAGGUGUUUGAGCAGGAGAGGGAAGAGGAUUAAGAAUAGAUUUAAGGAGCAAGACUGAGACUCUGAUUCAGCGAGAAGCAACCAUAGAGGCAGAUCACUUCAUCUGUCCUGGGAAUGUCCCCUCAAGACUGGAGUCCCCAGCUCAGAACAAAGGGAAAGGGGUGCAGCUUCCACCCUGGCAGGCUCUCAGAACUUUUUAGUUCCUUUUCCCACCAACAUCCCACCUCUGUUUCUCCCUCUCCCAGUUGGUUCCCUCUGUGACUCUCUUCCCAAACCUUCAGAGGCAUAGGAUCUGGAGCCAGGCUGCUUGGGCUCAAGUCCUGGCCCUGCUGUGUGACUUGAGCAAGUUAAUUCCUCUCUGUGCCUCGGUUCCCUCAACCGUGUAAUGGAGACAACAGCAUUGCCUAUAUCAGGGUUUUCCUGAGCUCUCAAUAUAAGGGACUCAGAACUGUGCCUGGCACACAAUGAAUGCUAAAUAUAUGGGGCCAUUAUUAUUUCCGCUCUCAGAAAGUCUGGCUGUUAAAGAAUGUUGUCUUUCAAGAUCGUUAUUUCUACCAUGACUUUAAAGGCUGUAUUUUGGAACUCAAAGGCAAAAAUUCUAACAUCUGUGCUCUUUGAACAAUCUCUUCUCCCUAGAGGGCUGUGCAUAUAAGAGGUAUAUAUAUAUGU